AUGGGAGCAACAAGACCGGUUGCAGAGAUGGAGUUUGAAGAAGAGGUUGUUCAUCGAAAAAGAGGUCAAGGUUUUGAUAUCUUUAUUCAUGAUUACUUCAAGAAGAGAGGAUUGUUACGCUGUGCUGAGCUUUUUGCAAACGAAGCUCACAUUACUGGAUCAAUUCCCCCUGAAUUCGAUCAACACCCACGUGGAAUCUUGUCCGACAUUUGGAGUAUAAGGCAACAGACUCAACUCACUCUAGGAUCCUCAAGUCAGAGUCAGGCCCCGCAAAUAAUCAACUCUACCCGUCAAAUAAUUCAGGAUGGGUAUUCUAUUCAAAGCAUUACAAGUUUUCCAAGCGGUCAGACACUUUCGUCCUGCGAUUUUUCAUCAGAUGGAAAGAUUGUAGCAAGCGGUGGGAACAGCGGGAAGCCUUUCAUUUGCAACAUGGAUACUUCUACUUCUGUUACUGCCUCAGAGUCACAUUCAUCUACCAUCUUAGAUGUUAGAUUUCAACCAGGAUCCACUAUAUUUGCAACAUCUUCUGCUGAUAAAACAAUAAAAUUCUGGGAUGCUAAAACGCCUGAAAGAGCGUUGUUUGAUUUUAAAUGUGAUGGGAUAGUAAGAUCAUUGGACUUCCACCCAACAGAAAGAAUUCUUUGCUCGUCUGAUACCUGUGAUUUAAUUAAAGUAUGGGAUCUCAAUCAGCGUGUCAUAAUGAAGACCUUUAUGGAAGGUGGAUGCCCAGUGAGAUUUCAGCCUGGAUCUGGGAAGCUUUUGGCAGUUGCUAAUCAAAAUGUUGUUACCAUACUUGAAUUUCCGUCUUUGGCUGUUAAGUACCGUCUUCAGGGUGGUCAUGUCACAUAUGUUUGUUCCUUAUGUUGGGAUAUCACUGGGCAAACAAUCGCCUCUGUCAGCGAAGAUUGUGUAUGUGUCUGGUCGCUUUCUAUGGGCGGACAAUGCUUUUUCAAGUAUCCAUCAAACGGGAAUAAUUUUCAGUCGGUCAUAUUCCAUCCUCAAUACCGUAAUGUCUUAGUUGUUGGCGGUUUUCAGGGCAUGGAAUUGUUGACUCUUGGAUACGGGCAAAUACAUCGUUUUAGGGCUUCUAAUUUAUCAUUUACUGGACUUGCAGCUUGUACGGGAGUUGAAUUCAUUGCAUUAUCAUUUACAAGCAAUGCCUCUGAGUCUGUGGUGAACAUAUGGAAAUGA